CACGCCCUCGGCCCAAGGCGGCAGUGCGCGUCCCCGAGCCGCGCGCGCCCCACGCCUUCCUUCCCUCCGGGGCCUCGCGCGCGCGCGCAGCCGCCCACCCCUCCGCCGCCGCCGUCGUUGCCCCUCGAGCCAGCGGCGCCAUGUCUUCGCCUCCAGAAGGGAAGCUGGAGACCAAAGCUGGACACCCGCCCGCCGUGAAAGCCGGCGGGAUGCGGAUUGUGCAGAAACACCCACACACGGGAGACGGGAAGGAAGAAAAAGACAAAGAUGAGCAAGAAUGGGAAAGCACCAGCCCGCCUAAACCAACAGUGUACAUCUCCGGUGUUAUUGCCCGGGGUGACAAAGACUUUCCCCCUGCGGCUGCACAAGUGGCCCACCAGAAGCCGCAUGCCUCCAUAGACAAACAUGUUUCUCCAAGAACACAGCAUAUCCAACAACCUCGCAAAUGAUCUGCGCCCAGGCCCUGGCACCCUCUGCAGCCGCAGCACCCAGGCCCGCCCCCUACGAUGCUCCCCUGACCAAAGGAACUUGCGCUUUCCUAGAAAAGCCUAAGGCAAAGCAAAGUGACCCCCCCCCCACUGUCUCAGGUCCCCACAUUUAAAACUAGAGAGGCUGCAACUGCAGAAGUUUUCCUUGAGUCCGAGUUGUGUGACACUGAACUGCCAUUGGCAGAACAUGGCGAGUCCCGAGGAAGUCCUUCAUACUGGCAAUGACUUAAAGUCCUUACGCCUGGUCCUAAGAGGAAGAAGCCACCUUGGGGAGAUUUGAUAACGUUAGAAAAACAAAACACUAUGAUAUGGAUUUUAUAAAUUGUGACUUCUUCCUGCCCUAGCAUACCCUAUAUUGGCCCCGGUCCAUGACUGCAGAAUUCCUGCUUUUCUGAAAAGUUAAAAGGCUCCUUUAGCCACACAUAGAACCUUCUGGAGUGCUGCUCACAGAGUACUCCUGGCUGUCCCGAUGCUCUGUGACCUGCAGCAUCUGCACCACCAGCCAUUCUGGAACUCUUCACCAGGCCUGAGCCGUUUCACUGAAGGAGGGGCGGGCUCCUAGAAUCUUAAAAUCAAUUUGGUAUCCAGGAGUGGGCUUAACAGGGAGCAGGACACACACCUGUUUGGUCAGUCUCUUCAUUCUUAAUUACUGAAGGCCUCUUCAGUGCCAAGAACCAAGGCUCAUGCUGGAGACCCAGGCUUGGGUGUAGCACUGCCGUGGAACCCACAGCCUUGCUCUGUCAUAUGGGACCAAAUACAGGAAAGGACCUUAGAGCAGGUAACACCAGGUCCCCUGUGCAGACUGCUCGCCUUCUGGUACCUAACUCCUGAAGUGUCCAUAGUCCCUUUCAGUUCAGCAACCUGAGGGGCUGCCCGUGUUCCGUGUACUCUGUCUCUGGUGUGCCUCUGUGGGCUCUAGGUCACUGAAUGUGGCAUGUUUCCCUAAAUAAAUUUAAUAAUCUUAAUGACAUUGAGAAUAUGUUGAUUUUAAUAAAGCUCCUGCAUUUUG